AAUGACUUGCAUUUUUGUCACGACUUGACUGUUGUCACUAGCAGCUUCAUCGUCCUCCCACAACACAACAUUGUGACCAUAAUCCAGCACAAUGGGGCUGUAAUGUCAUUUUACAGCAUCUUCUCUUAAACACCAAUUCUGUUUAUGGAUUUAAUGAUGAUGAAGAAGAAGAAAUUUAAGUUUAAGGUGGAUUUCGAGCUGGAUGAGCUCUCGUCUGUCCCCUUUGUUAACGGUGUCCUCUUCUGUAAAGUCAGACUGCUGGACGGCGGUUUCUCCGAGGAGUCUUCACGGUAAGGCUGUUUGGGUUUCUAAUAAACUAACGUUAAACCUGUUUAUAAUCCUCAGAGACUAAUUUUAGAAAUAAGCCAAAAGGCUGUGUGACUAACGGGUCUGUCAUUUAUUUAUACAGCCCGUCUAUAACGGUAUUCAGGUUGUCCUUUCAAAGCCGUAAAACCGAGUAAUAUUUGACACCACUGCUCAGGAUAUCUUUGAAUCGACUAAAGCCAACAAAUAUGAGUUUUAUUAAUCACCCGAGAUGAACAUUUCUAAUCAUUAGUCUGAAUUUUUUCGUGUUUUAAGAGGACAUCUGUUUGCAUUGUAAAGGUUCACUUCCUUGGUGGUUGUAGGAUCGAUUUCUGAGCUCUGAGCGUCCAGCUGACUUUUCACAUACAUCUGCUAUGAGCUGAAUACGACUCCCCUCUCCAUGCCUGCUAAAUCAAUAACACUGACUUAUGUCCUGGGCUGUUUGUGGUCCUCUUUUGAUCAUUUAGUUAUCACUGAGCUUUCUCCAUAAGGCGUGCAGAGACAGUCACUUCUUUUAAGUCAAAUUGAAAAACUCAGUUUUACAGACUUUUAUCACUUUUACCUCUAUCUUAUUUCAGCUUUACUGUCUUUUUCGCUUUUGUUAUACUUGCACUCUUUUAGGCUUGUCACUGUUUUAUCUCUUGCUCAUGCUCUAUUUUAUUAUUACCAGUAUUACCUGUUACUAUUUUAUUAUCAUUGUUAAUAUUGCCUUUUAUAUCUACUAUCCUGUUUCCGCUUUUGACCCCCUUUUAAUUGCAUUUUCUUUUUUCUUAACUAUCUUAUAUUCUUAUUUUGGUCCUAAUGGUCUCAUUUUAUGUUGCCUGCUAUGUUGCCAUAGCUUUGUAUUUUUCUUUUUAUAUUAAGUUGUCCUUUAUAGAGUUUAUUAUAUCAUUAUUGCAAUUUUAUUUCUAAUUUAUUUCAUCAUUCAUAUUUUUUUCUGUACAUAGAAAAUUUCAGCACUGUCUGCAGCACAUUAGGGAUGCACGAUACUAGUUUUUGCCGAUAUCUGAUUUGCAGAUUUAGCCAAUACUAAUACUUGUACCAGUCCGAGUAUGUAAUUUGCUUUUGGGGUUCACUAGUCUGGCUGGGCCAUCCUGUUGCGUGAAUCACUUGAUGUUCCUACAUUAAGUGAUUCACGCAACAGGAUGGCCCAGCCAGGCUAGGGGGUUCACCACAUCAAAAGACCACUCAUUAAACGCGGUUGAUUCAGUCAUUUUCAUGUCAAGUUCAUUGACCUUUGGAUCAUCCUUGUUAGGAACUUGGGUGACAUUUUUGGAAUACUAUGAUCCAGGAUGACAGAUCUUGUAAUGAAGAGUGAUAAAGGAGAGUGUUUUGUUCCUCUUUCUUGCAAAUACACAUAUCACAGUCUGUUUCUGACACUUUAAAAUACUUUCAUUUAGCCAGCAAGUUGACAAACUGACACUCUAGUGACAUUAUUCAUAUUUGAUUAUAGAUAAUUAACCCGCCUCAACUCUACACUGCUGAUACAGACAUUUGCUGUAAAAAUCGUGCAUCCCUGUAUGUGUAACUGAGCUGACAGUGGUCUCUAGAAAAUGAUCUCAUACCGAUUACUCAGAGGAACUUGCCGUCCAUAGCAGUGUUGUUACAAUGCUGCCAAGUUCUCGAAAACUCCCAAACAAAAGCUCAGACUAAGUAUGGUUAGUAAUAAAGAAAAAUCAUUACAUUUUGACCUGCUAAACUCACUUUUUAUUGAUCAACACUGGGUUAAUGGGUUGCCUUUUUGGAUAAAUCUCGAAAAAUCACAUCUUUACAGGCCUUCUUCUGAAACCUCUUCUAUACUUUGACUCAUAAAUUUCAGCCGCAACUUUCAUGACUCAUCUGUGAAACUGUGAGACAGCAUUAAAUAUAAGUUUAAGAUUAUUAGGCCAUAUAGAUAAGUAUUUGCAGCUGUUAAGAGUUUUUAAUCCGUUAAAAUUACUGUCUAAAUGUACAAAUGAUGCCUCAUUUUAAGACUCACUGUAUAUGUAAAGGUGUUACAAGGGUUAUAUUUCUCAACAUUUCUCAGACUCAUAACAGGAUAUUCUUACACAGACCGACAGUACUAUCAGAUUAAUGUUAAAAGGAACUUUAAAAAUGGGACACUUGGGGCACCACUUGGCCUACAGUCAAUAACGUCUGGUGGGAGGAAAUAACAGUGCUGAUUAUUGAGAAUCUAAAAGGUCUUAUCAGUGUCGUUAGGCAUUAAAAAAAGACCCUGUCUCUGCUGUCAGGUUGAAACAAGCACAGACGGUUAGAUCAAUAGUAAUCUGAUUUGGGUAUCUUCACACAAAGAAGAUAUUUGAUUAGGGGGAAAGCUUUUGUUUUGGUGAGGAUGGCUUCACUGUGAUUACGUAACAAGCCCCCUGGUUGCUCUAAAGUAAGUAGGUCUUAUAAAAUAGCCAAUAGUAGACAUAGUGUGUUGUACUUUGGGAUUCAGAGUGGCCCAGAUGUCACAGUAUCAAGUCCCUUUGGGUAUUUAUAUGUAUAUUUUGCAUUUUUCACCCGAGUGUUAAAUCACAGCAGUCUAAUGUGAUUCCCCCCGACCCUCUUUUGAGUCAUCUGAUGUGUGAGUGUGAGGGAAACAAGAAUUGUUAUUUUAUGAGUCUGUCUUUUCCUUUGGUGUGGCCUGACAUCAGAGCUGUGCUAUUGUUUCUGCCCAAAGCAAGCUUCCCCUCUUAUAUAAUCUGCUUUUUUUUAAGAGUAUAGCAUUUUAUGGACAUCAGGCUUGUUAUUUUGCCCCCAGACAUGAGAAAACUCUGACAUUCAAUGUAACAAUGUGUUUGUGAGUGUUCAUUGUGGCUGAAGUGUGACAUCAGCUGCCUUUAGAAGAAGAGCAGCUGUGGUUUAACGAGACAUCGAACCCACGUACAGAGAAGACAGCCCACUUGUGCCUAAGAGCAGAUGUACUUUUUCGCUCUAAUGGUAUUUUGCUGUGCUGACAAUUGCUGUGGAUUACUGUAACAAGGCAGAAUUUCCAAAGCACACAGUGUCCAGCUGGCUGGGAGUUUCCUCCCCGAUUUUGCAAGGAUGAAGUCAGCGUUUGUGCAUGAGGAGGACAGAGGAUGGGAAGGAGCAGUAGAAGUAAUACGAGUGGUAAUAGUAAUGUGAGAAUGUCCAUGGAUUUGUAUCUUUCUUUUGAAGUGAAUUUGUCCGUUAUGAAGUUUAUUAUAUCGUUGUUGCAAUUUUAUUUCUAAUAAAUUUCAUCAUUCAUAUUUUUUCUGUACAUACUGACCGUUUCUACAGCUAUGUUAAAUAUUUUAAUCUGAUGGUUGUCUCAUAGCAACCUCAAGAUCAGAUUGUUGCUAUGUAGGAACAACUGUUGCUAAGGAUGCAGCGCCAAGUGAACAAACAACAGUCAAAUCAACACACUGAUAGAAGUUCGAUGAAUUUGACGUUAGUUUGUUUACAGUUGAACACAUUAAAAAAAGGAGGUUAAAGAUAUUAAACUGAACUGACACUGUUUGCGCCAAAACAUUACUGAAGACUCGAACAGUCGUGUCUGAAUGGAAAAUACUUGAAUCUGAUUGGUUAACAUCUCAUAACAACAGUCCGUUACUUCUCAAGAUCAGACUGUUGCUAUGUAGAACCAACUGUUGCUAAGGAUGUAAUGCCAGUUAAACAGUAGUCGAAUCAACACACUGAUAGAAGUUCGAUGAAUUUGACGUUGGUUUGUUUACAGUUAAAAACAUAAAAAAGGAGGUUAAAGAUAUUAAACUGAAGACUCGAACUGUCGUGUCUGAAAGGAAAAUACUUGAAUCUGAUUGGUUAACAUCUCAUAGCAACAGUCUGUUAUUUCUCUAGACCAGACUGUUGCUAUGAAGAACCAACUGUUGCUAAGGAUGCUGCACUAAGUGAAUAAACAGUAGUCAUAUCAACACGCUGAAAAAAGUUUGAUGAAUUUGACGUUGGUUUGUUUGCUGUUGGAAACAUUAAAAAAAGAAGGUCAAAGAUAUUGAACUGAAGUGACGAUGUCUGUGCCAAAACAUUACUGAAAACUCGAAAUGCCGUGUCUGAAAGGAUUUAUAAAAAAAACAGCACAGCUUAUCUUUAAAUCCAUCAAAGCAGAUAAAAAUGAACGGCGUGUGGGCUGACUUAACAGAAGGCAGUUGGUUCGUUGAGUGGGAGAGGAGAGGAUGGCAGUGAGAGAGUGAGAGAGAGCCAUCUGGGGUAUCAUAAUGCUGCCCACGCACACACACUCUGUUCUCUUUCACUUCGUCUCAUCCUUUCACUGACAGGAGGCUACACCUCACCCUGAUUUUAACCCCCAGUUACCGGACCAGGAAGCACGUGCAGGGUAACCUUUUGGGUUCAGCAGUAAAACAAUCAAUAGGCAGAAAAAAAAAGAGGACUGAGAUUAACUGGCUUGUUCAUUCAGAGGCAACGAAAUUCAGAGGAUAAGCACAUAAGCUAGUAUUGGCAGCUUGAACCAGCCUUAAGCAAGAAGGAGAAGUGAGGGUUACUGGAUGGGAAAUAAGCAUCAGAUACCAGCCAAGUUCUUGUGAAAAAUGGAAGUGGCUGGUAUGUGUCAGAUACAGUUUAGAGACACACUCUGAUUUGGCUGCUGAAUAUGAAUAUUUAAGUCAAAUAGUUUGCUUUUGUUCAUGCGUUGUUUUCUGCAGUUGUAAGUAAUGAUACAUGAGUGAGCUUGGGUGUUAUGUAGGGCGGUUAGACUACUUAUUGUUUUAAUCUGGAUUAAUUACAGAAUUCCUAUAGCUAAUCCAGAUUAAUCCCACUUCUGUUUAAACUCCAUUGUUUUCCAUUGUGAAAUAUUUGUAGGUUUGUAUUAAUGAUGCAAAUCUAUUUUUAAAGGUGCACUGAUUUGAGAAUCAGAUGAGUGCACACUGGUUUACAUGACGAAGUGUGCAGCAGUGCAUGUAAAAAAAAUCAAAUGUCUAUAUUAUGGGCAGGUAUUCUGAUUAGUGCUGAUUACUGAUGUCAAGAGAUCCCCAUCUUAUACAUUAGCAUUUACACUUUUCAUUCUGGUUGCUUUCCAUGUUGCAUUUCUCUUUCUCUUUCGCUUUCAUGAUGUGGUUACCUUCUCAGUCUUAGUAGCUACACCUGCAUGCUUGGCUUGUGGGUGACGGCCCAGAUUUGGCCCACUCAGAUUUAGUGAUACUCUAAUCCUGCUGAUACUAAGUGUGUGUUGCCUUAUGACAUGUCGACUGAGCUGUCUGGGAGGCUUUUGAAGUGAUGUGUGCAAUUCAAAGCAAAGUGGCAUUAAUUUCAAUCAUGGCAGCAGCAGGGAUACACUCUAACAGCUUAACUACAGUGUUUAGCAGGUAAUUAAAAGAAAUUAAUGCAUCAUUUAGGCAAUUCACCACAGCGCUUAAACAGCUUGCUGUAUUACACACUCUUCAGUGCAAAGCGUUUUGGAUUGUAGACCUGUCGGUGAGUUUCGAAGUAUAAAUGUUGACCCAGACUUUGUGCUUAAGCCCUGUAACUGUCUUUCUUUUAAGCAUAAAAAUGUGACGCACAAUAUAUUUCUUCUGCUUUCUAUUGCUUUUGUACAAUUCAUACAAGAAAUUAAAUCCCAAAUUCAGCCUGUGCUUGAAGCAAUCUUUGCUCAUUUAGAUUUCAAACUGCUAUCCAAAGCUUUCUAACAUCCGGCUGCAAAUCGCCCUUUGGGAUCUCAACAGUGCAUGUUUUGUGACCUUUACAGAGUGCUUAGCGAUGAUCUAACUCUUUGUGAUUUCCCCUGACAGGGAGCCGGUGCAGGCCAACUGUGUUCGGUGGAGGAAACGGUUCUCUUUCCCCUGCAAGAUGAGCGCCAACGCAGGAACCGGCGUACUGGACCCCUGCGUGUGUCGAGUCUCUGUCAGGAAGGUACAGUUAGAGGCUCCUCGGCUCCUAUUAUGAUGCUUUUACACAAAUGUACAAGGUUGAAUCAUCAUCAUUAGUUUUGGGGAGAGAACUGCUUUCUCUCUGUAAUGUCAGGCGGUUUCCUCUUUCAACAACAUUGACUGGUAGGUUUUUUACUCAGUCAUGCUCUUGUGGUUUGUUAGUGGCUGUUUAUGAAACAAAGUAAUUGAUAUUGAUGCAUCUUUAUGGGCCUCAAAAGCAAAAGAGACCAUCAGUGGUCUCAGCUGUGAUUUCUCUGUGACGUCAAUAUGUGUAACAACCAUUGCGGGGCUCGUACGAGAAAAGAUGAGCGAGAGUACAAAGCAGAAACAACGACUCUUACAAGAAAUUGGUGUUGAAACUGGUCAAGUGGUGUUUUUGGAAUAGGAAAACACUACUUUUUAUUUAAGAAUAGCAUAAGGAAAUAGAGGAGCGAUUACUUUGUUCACAGAGGUCAUUAAAAUCUACUUUUCUGAGAAGCACUGACAUUCAAAUGUUCUCUUUUUCAGGAGCUGAAAGGUGGGAAAGCAUAUGCAAAGGUAAACCUUCUUUACUUACCAGUAUGUUAUUAGUCUACAGGUCAGCUAGAUUUACAGUAAUCAUCUCAGGCCAAGUCAGCCCAUAGCAAACAGAUGGCCUCUACAGCCUGCAGGUUGACUCAUUGUUAUGUCUUCUGUUCUUGCUUUUACUCUUAGCAAGUACAAACAAACUGAACACACUUCAAUCUUUAAAAUGAAUUGUAAGAUGUGUUUGUAUUUCUCAUUUUCCCUAAAGUUGCUCUUGUUUCCCGACCUCUGUCAUGUUACAUCCAAAGAUUGUCAUAUUGCUGACCAGGCAAAACGCCCGUCUCCUAAGAGACAACAAAGUUCACCCCUUUGUCUCUCUUUCUCCUUCAGCUCGGCUUUGCAGAUCUGAAUUUAGCAGAGUUUGCCGGCUCAGGGAAUACAACCCGCAGAUGUCUGCUGGAAGGCUACGAUACCAAAAAUACCCGCCAGGAUAACUCCAUUCUCAAGGUAACUUUGGAGCUGCCGCAGAGCAGCCACACCGGUCUGAUUUGACUGCUUUAGGAGGAGGUCCUGGUGUUUUGAAUACAAGCCUGGUAAUUCCCUGAACUAGACAUGGAAAAGGGGUUUUGCAUAAAUGUGUAGGGUUACAUACAAGAACAAUAGCUUUGUCUCCAGAAAUGCUACGUUCAUGCAGACAUAAUUAAUCUGCUGUAUUUAUGAAGUGUGAAAUAAAAUGAGUGGUUCUGGUUAGCAGUGACUUUUGCAGUUUGUUCUUUUGAUUUUCAACCAUUUGGAUAAAAAACGUUUAUUUUUUCGCUUUAAAUUAAGAGUCUGCAGAGAUUAACUCCUCUCUUCUUUUCAUAGGUUAUCAUCAGCACUCAGCUCAUGGCAGGGGAUCCCUGUUUCAAAACGUAAGUAAAAGGAGUUUCCUUUUUUCAGUGUAAGACUCAGAGCUGAAUCUGCUCGGGUCAGCAGGAAUACUGUACUGAGUCAGUCAGAGUUGGUCUCAGCUGACCUUUGAUCCUCAUGAUUUUUAUCCAUCGAAUUUCCGUCAGAUGGCAGUUUUUAGAUGAGACGGCUUGUUAGUUUAACUAUUGCUGCGCCACUCCCAUUCAGAUGUGCAAAUGAGCAGUUCCCUAGAAACCUGAUCCGGCAUGGCGACCUGUCUCAGCGCGUCCUCUAGAGUGGUGUCCUAAAAGUGCUGUAAUCAAAUUGAAGCGAAAAUGCAAAAAGGCCAAAAAUAAUCAACAUUUAGUGCCAAUUGAUCCGCCGCUGACUCGACUGCUGAAACAUUAUUGUCAGUAGCUCUGAUUCAUUUCUCAUCCAUUGUAGGAAUAUGCUGCUCAGAACAAAAAAAAGGGUCAUAUACACAGAGAAAGAGAGGAAGAGAGGUUCAGCCCAGCCUCAGGGCAGAGUUUGACCUAAAAACUCGUCAGUAGCCUUCAUUGUAAUGCCUGAAUAUAGUUGUUAACGCUUGAAAUUAAAUACAGUGUGUUUUUUAAUAUUUUUCACUUCCGUCCAAGCUGAGAGAUAUUCUUAUUUAAUUCUCUUUGUCCUAACUUGAUAUGAUGUAGUAUCUGUGUUUUUAUCCCAUAUCCCUGUGUCUCUUUAUUCCCCUCCCUUACUUUUUGAAAGAAUGAUGGAAACUCUAAUGUACGAGUGAGGAGAAAAAGCACUAUUGUCUUUCCUCUGUCCUCAGGCCUCCCUCCACAGCCACAGUGAUCGGGCCUCCUCCGGCGGAGAGCCUGCUGGAAGACUCACAGAAAGGCUGUUCUGGUAAGACCAAUCACGUCACGUUACACUCCUCUGCUCUGCUUAGUCAUCCCACUGGCCUUUUUUCACCGUCUGAUGUGCUCUCUUUUACGGUGCUGAAAAUUAAAGGACUCACAGAUAAUUUAGAAAUAUCCUUCAUAGUAUUUAAAGCAGUAAAAAUACUGAAACUUGUUUUCAUUUUACUUUAAAGUCAACUUAUUAAGAAGUUUUGACUGUGGCACUCAAAUAGAUUACCAUCAAAGAAAAUUUAGAGCUAUUUACAAGCCAAACUCAGGCGGGAAAGGACUGGUAUUUAUCAUGUGGAGCACUUUUUUGGGAGGGGGAACUUUUCUGCCAUUUUUAAAGGAUGGGCCACACAACCUGAGCCAAAGCCAAACCGGGGCCCUUGAGUCCUUCCUCCCAGUGUUCUGAAUAAAUCAUCGUUUUUAAGCACCAACGUCAGACAAACCUGUCCUCUUUCCAUGUUACUCUUUACUCCGGGCCUCUACUGUUUUAAUUCUUCAACCAUUCAUAAUUUGUGACACAGUUAAGCAAUUGAUAUGGUUAGCUCGCAGGAAUGUAGCUGUCCACAAAGAUCAGUGUGUGCAGUACACAAGGCUGCAGUUUGAAGUGGUGUAGCUGUACACCCUUGACAUCCUAACAUCUCUAUAAACUCAAGUUAACUGUCGUAAAGCUCUGGCUUCCUUAUUAGUGUCAGUAUCAUUUAUUCAGCUGCAGAUGUUGUUCCUUCUUGUAUGUGAGGUUAUUUAUUCGUCACCUAGCUUCAUAAAAAUGAGAACAUCUGCUCUUCCUGCCACAUUUCACCCUCCUUCCUCCUCCUGUGUGCGUCUGUUCAUGAGCGAACACAUUGCUCGUUCCUCCUGGAAGCUUCAGAGUGUGUAGCGCAGCUCUUUCAUGUAUAAUUUAAACUAGUUCUCUUUUAGAAUAACUACAAUCUGCUCCGACCCUGUAGGCUCUCGCAUGGUUAAAAAUAGGACGUGUGUCUGUGUGCAGAUCCGUGGAGAGGAGGGGGUUGUAUGUUGGCAUGUGAUCGCACUGUAUGUAUUCGUCUGUUGGAAACGAUGCUUUCCCCAUCCAGCAGCAUCGUGUCAUGGCUGUGCAUGUUUGCAGAGUAUGUGCAUGCAUUAUUGUGUCAUGUUAGAAUAUGUUGAUAAAUGGGUCACUGUUUCAAGCUGUGAUCACAGCGUACCAAGAAUGUGCUAGCCACAUUCUUGAAAGAAGAAUGCCACAUAACAAAAUCAUGUUUCUUUUGAUAAAAUGACAAACUAGCCCUUUUAUGGAGCUUCAUUGUCACAGUUUGAGGACCUGUAGUCCCACCUGGGAAUCACUUUUAGUCCUAACGUCCAACAUUUUACUUGAACAUUUGUUGUCAAAGUAUAAAAAGAGCAUCAUUCUGCCUCUUUAGGUAGAACAUACUGUUCUGUGUUGGUCAUCAGUUUGUUUAUAUAACUGUUAUUUUCCUCCUCAUAUUUUUUCCUGCAUUUUGAUCAUGUUUUUGUCGGUAAAAUAUUGUAAUAGCACUAAAAAGGCUUUAUCCUGCAGUCACUCUUCUAAAUGUGUUUAUUUUUGCCUCGACUGUUGCUGUUUUCCAUCAGUAGUAAUUUGCUCUUUUUUAGGAGGAUAGUAAUGUGUGCAGAUUGUGGGAGUUUGAGAGUUUUCUUUGUUGUUGUUACAGCUCUCUGUGGGCAGAACUAAACGGUGUCUAUUCACUGCAUUUUUUUAUGUAUGAUAAUACUAAGCUGAGUGAAGAGCAAUGGCCUUGACAGGUUUCACAGUUUGUUUGGUACCAGUUUCUCUUUAUAUAAAUCAGCGACAGAAAGUUAUGAAUGAAUACAUCCUUUGAAGCCUCCGGGGAUUAUUAUCGUAAAUCUGAGGCCUUGUCCACAUGGAGAAAAAAAAAAAUUUAUUGUUUCAUUUUGAAAAAGUUUUCUGUAAAUAAGGCAUUGUUUCAGGAAAUAUCCUCGUUAACACAAAACCACAACAACAACAACAACAAAUAAAACGUCUGAAAACAGUGAAGUGUAUAUACCAAGCCAGUAAGUGGCGCUGUAACACUGCCCAAAACUGCACUAAAAGACAGAAGAAGAGUACCGAGUAUGCGUAUACGCCAAAGUCUGUAUAUGGACUGGACGUUGUCUGCCUCCUCGCCGGGUGAAGCCACCCCGAGAACAGCACCCUCUGGUGACGGGCUGCAGUAUAGGUCAUAAAUCCCGCCUCCUCCAGCAAUCCCUAUGGGGCUCUGGACAAACUUUAUAAAUUUAUUACACAGAAUAUAAAUUUUUCUUCCCCCUAGUUGUGAUGUUGACAUGUUGUUACUGUAAGACUGGUUUGUGCUUAAGUCCUCUUUUUUCUGUGCAGCUCAGUUUUUAAACGUUUUUGGGGGGUUCAUGUUUUUUUUAUGAUUGACACUUGAUACAGCCUAUGGGCGUAUGAAGAUUGUGUAGCUCACCCGGGGGACACGCUGUUUGAGCCGAGCGUCAUCACAGCGACUCUCCCGCUUAAUGAGUACAACGCCACAGCACCAUGUUGGUUUCAGGAAGUGGAAAAAACGCGGAAAUUACCAAGAGCUUUUUGGCUUCAAAUCGGUACACUAGCGGAAGGCGGAACCAAGGUGUCCAUAGUGUAUACAGUCUAUUGUGACAUCAUUUCUAAAGAGAUGUGGAUAGGUAUCCACACGGGUACGAAACGGUUGUCGUAUAGAGAUACUGUUUUCAAAAAAGUAUUGUUUACAGACACCUGAGACGCUGUUUCCGUGCAGAUAAAAUAUUAAUACGAUAAAAAACAUAUGCGUUACUCCUAAAUUCGUUUCCAUGUGGGCGGGGCCUGACAUGUCUGUUUGUCUAAUCCAGCAGAGAAUCGAGAAGGAAAGUGUCCGGUCGUUUCUGACGAUCUUGGAGGGUGUGGCCACUCCAGGACGUCCAGCUACGCCAGCCAGCAGUCCAAACUAUCAGGUAAAGUCUCCAUACAUCAAGACUGUAAUUGUUUAUUUUUGUUGACCUGAUACGGAUCAGACAGUAAAACUGCAGAUGUUCAUAUUCAGCUGUUUGAGGUUGAGAAAUAGUUAAACUUCUUUACCUCAAACACCUGAUCUUUUGCUCUCUUAUAUCAUUUUCUAAUACAGGAAAUGCGAAAGGUCAAGCUGAGAAAGUGCUUUUGACUAAAGAGGAGGGAAGUCAUGAUAUAAUUUUCCAGCUACAGUCCACCAGAGUAGUUCAACCCGAGGGCUUGAGUUUCCAUCAGAGGCAGAUCAGAUGUCUGUAAUAAAAGAUCGGAGGAAGUAGAGAUGAGGACUGAGCGCCGCUUUAGUGGCCAUGAAAUCUUGUAUUUCCUUCCACGUGUUAACUGCUGAUAGAUUGAUUUAAACUGGCAUUAGUGUGCAGGAAGUUUGGCCCUGUUGAGAUUUCUCAUGCUUGAACUGGCUUCCCGCAGACUAGGACAACAUGUGAGAGUGUGUUUGUCACAGCGCUGCUAAAUCUUUCAACACGGUACAAGCAGCAAAUCUGCCCAAGAGCACGGCUAAAAUCAUUUAAAAAGCAAUAAAAAGCGACGCAAAUAAAAUCAAACCCCUUUUCAAUUGAGCUAAACAAGCAAAAAAAGGUACUGUAUUAAGUAUUCAGAAUCUGUGCUCCUGUGUUUCAGGCUACAGCACAGGCCACUCCCGAUCCUCCAGCAUGUCCGAGUUCAGCCACCGGAGAAACCACUCAGUAGGAAGCGCCUCGACGGGCAUCGGCAGCAUCCCAGAGCCAAGCGAAGAGCGAGAGAGGGAGUCCAGACCCUGCCCCGCUCUACCUGAAUACCCCGUCCCCACCGCUGCCACUAGCAACCCAGCGGGUACACCAGUACAGAGUGCCUCAUCCUGUGAACGCCUCAACAGGUGAGUUUCUAGGUCAUCUGGCAAGCCAAGAAGUAUGUUGCUUCUCAAGAGAAUGCGGUUAACAAGCCAGACUGUUGGCCUGUUUUUUUUUUAUUGUCGGUAAUGAGACUAUAAUAGCAGGGAGUUGUUUUAUUGUUCAACCACACCUGAGAAUUAAGCCACAAUACGGGAAACAGCUGCGGAAGAAUAUCUGUGGUUUCAUUAUGAACUGUCAGUAGGGGCUCUUGUUGUUUAUUAAAGUGAGUCACUGAGUUGGUGAGAGCUAAAAAUGUCCAACCAUGAGUCAAGCACAGGAGCUCAUCAAACUUGGAUCAUGGAUAGUUGUGAAGAAAACUGAUACCACUCACGUGUGUGCAUGUUAAUGUGAAUCUGCUUAAGCCUACAAUAGUGUCCCUUUACCUCCAGAGUGAUGACAAGAUUAUUGAGCUCUACCUGACCUUGCAUCACAUGCCCCCCCUCGAUCUUGAGUUUACGGUUGUCAAAAUGAGUCUGAAUUCGCCUCACUGACCUCCUCUCCCGCAGACACCCGGUGAAACAGGACUCCAUGGAGUCUCAGCUCAAGAGGAUGGACGACACACGGGUGGACGCCGACGACGUCGUAGAAAAGAUUCUCCAGAGUCAAGAUUUCACACCGAGCCUCCUGGACUCCAGUGCAGAAGGUGAGCAAAAAAAAUCCAGGAACUGAACUGAGUCAAGUUCUCAAACCACAAUCACAGCUGCUGCGUACUUUGCAUGUAAGACAGGUUCUCAAAACAGAUGUAUACAAGUGGCAGGAUUUCCGGGUUAUUGACUCUCAUAUUUUCUGACCACAAACUUGUUGAAAAAAAAGUUUCAGCUCUACAGUCAAAAAAUCAAUUAUUAUCAGGUAUUAGCUGCAGCUUGACUUUGAAACAGCACUUCAUUUAUCCACCAUGGGGCUGAUUUAAAUAAGGGAAUAAUCACCUAAAUAUUUCGGUACUUUAUGUUCAGUCUGUGCACUUUGGGGAGAAGGGUAUUGUUUUUCUUUCCAAGGUCUCAUGCAGCUCAAAGCUAUGAAAUAAAAGCUGCUGUCAAUACAUGAUUAUUUUUAGAUUGCCUAGCAACUGGCUGCUCCUCACGACUCGAGUUAUACAUGAGGAUGUGUAAGCUCUAUACCGACUGAACGUUACUCCAACGCUGUCUGUUACAGAGGAAGGUCUGCGCCUGUUUGUCGGUCCUGGUGGAAGUACGGCUCUUGGGAGUCAUCAUCUACCAACCAGGUGAGUAAAACCUGACUUCAGACCGACAUGUUAUAACUAUGGAAUGGAUCAUCUUUAUACAAAACCCAAUUCCAUUGAAGUUUGGAAAUUGUGAUAAACGUAAAUAAAAACAGAAUACAAUGAUUUGCAAAUCCUUUUAAACCUAUAUUCGAUUGAAUACACUGCAAAGACAAGAUAUUUAAUGUUCAAACUCAUAAACUUUAUCUUUUUUUUGCAAAUAAUAAUUAGCUCAGAGUUUCAUGACUGCAACACAUGCCAGAGUAGUUGGGACAGGGGCAUAUGUUUACUACUGUGUUACAUAACCUUUCCUUUUAACAACACUCAGUAAACGUUUGUGAACUGAGGAGACUAAUUGUUGAGGCUUUGAAGGUGGAAUUCUUUCCCAUUCUUGCUUGAUGUACAGCUUCAGUUGUUCAACAGUCCGGGGUCUCCGUUGUCGUAUUUCACGCUUCAUAAUGUGCCACACAUUUGGGAGACAGGUCUGGACUGCAGGCAGGCCAGUCGAGAACCCGCACUCUUUUACUUCAAAGCCACGCUGUUGUAACACGUGUGCAGAAUGUGGCUUGGCGUUGUCUUGCUGAAAUAAGCAGGAAGGGCGUCCAUGAAAAAGACGUUGCUUGGAUGGCAGCAUAUUCCUGAGCCCAUGUGAUGAUAUCCUUUACACAUUGAUGUCACUUUUUGAUACAGCGCCGCAUGAGGGAUCGAAGGUCACGGGCAUUCAGUGUUGGUUUCCAGCUGUGCCGCUUAUGUUCAGUGAUUUCUCCAGAUUCUCUGAACCUUUUGAUGAUAUUAUGGACUGUAGAUGUUGAGAUCCCUAAAUCCCUUGCAAUUGUACUUUGAGAAACGUUGUUCUUAAACUGUUCGACUAUUUGCUCAUGCAGUUGUUCACAAAGUGGUGAACCUCGCCCCAUCCUUGCUUGUGAAUAACAGUUUUUGCGGAAGCUGCUUUUUUACCCAAUCAUGGCACCCACCUGUUCCCAGUUAGCCUGCUCACCUGUGGGAUGUUCCAAAUAGGUGUUUGAUGAGCAUUUCUCAAAUUUCUCAGUAUUUUUUGCCACCUUUCCCAACUACUUUGUCAUGAAAUUCUGAGUCAAUUAUUAUUUGCCAAAAAAAAAAAAAAAGUUUAUGAGUUUGAACAUUAAAUAUCUUGUCUUUGUAUUCAAUUGAAUAUAGGUUGAAAAGGAUUUGCAAAUCAUUGUAUUCUGUUUUUAUUUACGUUCAUCACAAUUUCCAAACUUUAGUGGAAUUGGGUUUUGUAUUUAUGCUCAAGCUUUAAAGGUCAGGAGCAGCAAGAGGCUGCUGGAUGAGCAAUAAUCGGUGGUCAGUCUGUUAUGUUUUGAUGGACCCACAAUCUUCUCAUUCUCAUCUCCACCUCUUUUCUUCCUCAGCAUUUGUGACAAAGUAAAAACUGAAACUUUUCUCAAAGUCUCCGCGCCUGUAAGAUAACCACAGAUUAAUUUUAUGAUGACUGAUAGAAGGUUUAAGUUUCGCCUGUUUUGUUUGUCAUCCUAGGGUUGGAGCCGGAGCGUACGAGCAGGUGGUGAUGAAACGUUAAAACUUGCAGCUUCUUCAGGUGGGCCGACACCGCUUACAUCAAAUAAACUCAAUGUGAGGCUGUGACGAGUUCAGUCUGCAUUCCUACAGCACACAAGUUACCAGAUCAGCACUGUGCCCUCCCUGAUCACUCUGUGAAUGGUUGACAUUUGAACAGUGCCCUCCUGUGUUCAUUUAUGAAACUGUAGCUCCCUGAUGAAGGGUGAAGAGAGAGAGUCGAGGGCGGUCAGAUUCCUCAAAAUGCAAAAGUAAACCUGUCUGUUUGUGAAUUUCUGAUGGUUGAUCAGCCUCAUCUGUGGAUCAACGUGUCACUCAGAAACCAAAUCUGUAGCCGAUUCAAUUCGACACAAACAAAGCUCGCUCUCUCACUCUCUCUCUUUCAUGGAGGACACACUGUGAGUGUGUGCAUCAUCAGAACAAACUGAUAUCUACACUGAAGAGUAGUUUGUGCUUUCUAAACAUUCCUCUCGUCUGCGUGUGUUUGGACUUCCUUCUCGUGUAGGAUUUUUUUUUUUUUUUAGCCCAAAAGCUGCUAAAAAGCUCGAACUGUUGGCACUGACAACUGUUGGUGUGUUGACGGUGAUAUUUUACCACAGAGCAGCAGAAAGACGCUGUUUGAGGUGUGAAAGCAGGCUGUGUGAGUGUACUCUGUGUUUAAGACCACUGUUUGGAGUAACGUUUAUCCCGCUAUCACGAAGAAGAGGAGGAACGUGACUGAAAAUCUCGUCGGAAAUGCAAUAUUGGUACUUUCUCAAAGAAAAAAAGCAGAAGAAGCUUUGCUUAAACGUGCCAACAGAUGUUAUUGUUUGUACUCAUUACGCAUAAGACUGAAGUUUUCAUCCGUUACAAAGGAGCCUCACGAAUCAAACCCACAGUGACUACCUUUUUACCUUUCGGCUUUGUAAUGCUCAGCUCUCACUGUCGCAUCUACUGCACCCUGACAGCUAACAAGACAACAAAAGCACACAUAUUAAAUCAAUUAUAAAGGACUGACUGCUCCAAGAUAGCUUAAAAAUGUUGUUUUCUUAAACUGGAUAAGAAGGCUGGAAAAUGUUUAGGAACAAACUGUGAUUUCCCCUCAAAUUAGCCAAAUGUAGAGCUCCUUUUUUAAUUUUUUUUGUAUUAUUUGUUCAAAAAGGUUAUAAAAUACUCAACCUUCAACCUAAAAAUGAAGGUUUUGCUUAUCUCUGUUACGAGCCCAAUAUCCUGCUCCUGUAAGCUAAUGCUCUCUGCCUUUGUAGGUCAGUAGGAAACCAAAUAUAAAAGGGGCUUCUGCCGUAAGCAUCCAUAUAGAAGAGCAUAUAUCUACUGCCCAGCAUUUAAGCUACAAAUCUAUUACACACCUACGCUUUGCAACUCAACUACUUCCGUCUGAGCUUUCCUGUUGACCAGGAGGCCAAUCGAGCGAACAAAUAGGAGAUACUGUGACGUAUCUAGUUUCAGUAACGUAGUUUUUACUGCUUUAGGAUUGUAAAAUGAAGGACUAGUUAGGUGAUCCACUGCCAUGAAGGAAAUGCUCCUCAGCCUCUGUCUUAAGAAGAUGCAGAGUCAUAGUUCUUGUGUAUCUUCUCACAGCUUACAAACUGCUAGACUUAAAGUGCAGCCUUGUAACCGGUCGAAAUAUCAGCCGCAAUCAGUAUCUGAUCGAGUAGCUCUGCGACUGAACGGUAGUCUAAAUCCGCUGUCGGCGUCCUGCAUGUUGAGGAUUCAAAUCUGUAGCCUUAUAGGAGAUUAAGUGCACAACUAAUCCGUGUUUUAUCAGACUAGCCAAAGUACACAAGAAACAGUCGUUGUCAAGGACCAUGUCAGGUCUAUGCAGAAGGAGAAAAAACAGACGCAUUAAACUCGUGAAAUCAGACUGUGCAGUAUCUGUGAUCUUCUGUCCUCAGUCAUAAGCCAUAAUAGAAGCUAGGAUACUUCCUGAGUUUGUCAAAGACAUCUGUGUUUGGUGUUCCAACUAUCCGUCAGUGUUUUCUCUGUUUUAAUGUUGCUGUGUUCUGCAUGACGAUGUCCUUUUGUUAGCUUGCAGAACGUGACACACGGUCAUCUUUUACCUGAUUUAAUACUGUGCCAUCUUUUAAUCGAAGUAUUUCCACAUCGAAGGAAGGGGAAAAAUAAACCUUUUGUUUUGAAGAUGUCAUGUGAAAACAGAUAUCGGCACAGUAUUCGCUGUGACUAAGUCAGUGUUCUCAUUUUACGUUCAUUAUUUUCAGCAUGGUUUGGUUUGUCAGUGUUGAAAGUAUCAUCUAGAGAAUAUCAUCUGUGUUCGGAUAUCUUUCAUUGCUAAUAUUGUGCCAUAUUUUUGCGAAAUAUUUCAUCGUUUAAGUGGGGGAAAAAGUGUUCUCACUACAUAGUACUAAAGUGUUUAAUGUUUGAUUUACGGCUAUUGAAUAUCAGCUAUUUGAGCUCUUUUUAGUGUGUUUUUAGGAUCAAAAUCACUCGGUUUACCUGUGGGUCACAGGUAUGUUCAUCUCGGUACCUAACAUGUUGUUCCAAACAUGGUUCUUUCUUCUCUUCUGUGAAGCUGUUGUCUAUAUAAAACUGUAAAAUGUAUUCUCCUGUAAAGUGUUGUUCUGCGCUGUUCUGGCACUGUCCAGUGUUUCCUGUUACAGACUCGUUCUUUUGACCAACAUUUGCUUCCUUAUCAAGUGUAUGGAUGCUUCGAAUGUGUACCUUGCACUGUUGAAUAAAACUGUUUAAAAUCUUGA